AUGACGUCACGGAGACGCCUUGCCCAAGCCGAAAGCCUCAUCCGGGCUUUCCGCCGCACGGUGGUCAGGGACUCCUUAAAGCGGCAGAGUGAAAUUUCCACUUCUCGAGAGCCCCUGCAAUCGCCGCGCACUUCCCGCCACUACAACCCGCCGACUUCCCCAGCUAAAUUUGGAAGUGGUGACGGAGGGCCGCCCAGAGAGCCGUUUCCGGCGGCCCAUGUACACAAGGCGGUGAACACCGCUCGCGGGCUGCAUCAGCGCUGAUGCGAGCUCCUGCAAGAGGGCACGGCGGUGGGGUGCGAGGAGCUCGACUGAACCACUAAUGAACUGCGGAACGGCCUGAGCAGCAUCGAAUGGGACCUCGAGGACCUGGAAGAAACCAUCAACAUAGUGGAGGCUAACCCAGGCAAGUUUAAGAUCGCAGUCGGAGCAGUGCAGGAGAGAAAGGUGUUUGUGAAGUGGAUGCAGGAAGCCUUCCAGGAAAUGAAGGACCACCUGGUCAGCCCAGCAGCCCUGGCUUUCAUGGAGAGGAAUCACAGAGCAAUGCUGGCAGGCAAGCCUGCAGCCCAGAGGUCACACAGGGACUUGCUGGAUGCCAGUGUGGUUUCAUUCUCUUGUUACCUGGAGGAACAGCAAGUCACCCAGCAGCUGAUCAUAGACCAUCAGGAUCAACAGUUGGAAAUGGUGUCUGGGAGCACCCAUGUUCUAAAACACAUGUCAGGCUGUGUGGGGGAGGAGCUGGAUGAGCAAGGCAUCAUGCUGGAUACCUUUGCUCAUGAGCUAAAUCAGUCUCAGUUGGACAGGGUUCUCAGGAAGAUGGCCAAAGUCUCCCACAUGACGAGUGAGACCAUCCAGUAUUGUGCCAUUGUGGUGCUCCUGGGUGUAGUUUUCCUGGUUCUGAUUCUGCUCUUCUCUCUCUGACCUGGGCUGCCCCUGUGGGACGAUCACUGGUGCCUGCAGAGCUACUCUGCCCACUGGGAAGAGGGAACAAGGCUGGAGGGCUGGGCUCUUCCCAAAGCUCACUUCCAAAGCUGUUGAGCACCU